UUUUGAAAGGUUUCCUCUCCAGAAUGUUGUGGAYAAGUGAAACCAGCCAGGUCCGUCUGAAACAAACAACUUAGCUAGUUAGACAGCCCGUAUCAUCACCAGCUAGGACGUACAUUUCUCUAAAGUGCGAUAUUUAGUAUCUGUGAUGUCUGGUCACGGCCAUGGUGGGCACAGCCACGGCUGCUGUGAAGACGAGCACGAGCCAGCGGAACGGGGCCUGGAGUAUGCACUGUAUCAGCGCAUUGACAUCGAGAAACUGCAGUGUCUCAACGAAACAAGAGAAGGCGAUGGGAAACUCGUGUUUAAACCAUGGGAUCAACGGACUGACAGGGAGAAGUUUGUUGAGAGUGAUGCUGAUGAAGAGCUCCUGUUCAACAUCCCGUUCACUGGAAGUGUCAAGCUGAAAGGGAUAAUCAUCGCCGGUGAAGAUGAUGAAUCGCAUCCUGCUGAAAUGAGACUGUACAAGAACAUACCCCAAAUGUCCUUUGAUGACACAGGCAGAGAACCUGAACAAGCCUUCCGUCUCAAUAGAGAUCCACUGGCUCAGCUGGAAUACCCAACUAAGAUUGCCCGUUUCUCCAACGUUAAUCACUUGUCCAUUCACAUAUCACGGAACUUUGGGACAGAGUCCACACGGGUCUACUACAUUGGGCUGAGAGGGGAGUACUCCCAGGCUCACAGACAUGAAGUGACUAUCUGCAACUACGAGGCGUCCGCUAACCCUGCAGACCAUAAAGUCGACAGCAUCAUCCCACAAACAAAUUUCAUCUCCUGAGAGAAAGGAGGGGUGGGAAAGUUGCAUUGACAGAUAUGGGUCAAAAGGAAGUGGUGAUGGAUACUUAGGCCUUGUGGGUGAACUUUGUUAUUGGAGGUCAGGUAUGAGUAAUACUGAAUAUGAGUGUCUAAUCUGGAUUUGCUCAGUUGUUGCACUUAUUGUACCACAAAGAGUGGAGGCUGAAAGAAGUGUCAAUUUUCAUUUGGGUAAUGAAUACAUUUAACGCCACUCACUGGUAACGCUGUGAUAAAGCGUCAAAAGCUUCAGUGCUUUUAUCUAAAAUAUAUCUGGAGACUGUGCCACCUAGUGGUUUGUUGUAAUAUGACAACUUGUCUCAG